AUGUCAGAUCCGGACUUAAAUUCGGAGUCUUCCAGUGAAGACGAAUACGGUAACGUAAAACGCAUUUUAAUAAAUAUUUUAGGACCAGUGCCAGUUCCAGUUGUAAAGAAGAGGAAAACAGUCCAAUUCAACGAUUCGCUUUAUUUGAGUCACUUCCCUUGCUCUAAUUUUUACUCGAGGAGUUACACUCAUAGGACGUUUGUCAAGCACGGUAUGGUUUGGACUGUGAAUAACCUGUUUUCAGUUGUUGCAAGCCAUUCGACGCGCUAUAUAGCGACAGGAAGCGACGAUGGGUGUAUAAAAUUCUGGUACUACGACCAGGAUGGAGUUCAGUUUGUAAAGCAUUUGACGGCGCACACGAGCGCAAUUAUUCAGAUGAGGGCCUCAGUAGACGGGCUUCACCUGGGCUGUAUUUCAUACGAUAAAACGUAUAAGCACAUCGACUUUCAGUCCUUCGACCUAGUAAACAUCAUUAAGCUGGACUUCGUACCAGUGGCACUGGAGUUUCUGACAUCGGAGAACUCUCCACACCCAGUGGUUGCAAUAAUGAAUUCAAGCAGAGAAGUUCAUAUUUUCAAGCCCACGCUGCAGUCGACGAGCGUCAGCAAGUUUGAAAUAGGAACGACGAGCCCGCACCUGAUGCUGUUUAAUCCGAGGGCAGGAGUGUGUUUGGUAGCAAACAACACAGGCGAUGUGGACCUGUACGACGUCGAAACAUUUAAAUUCCCCAAGUGCAGCGAGUAUUUUAGAGUAAAAAUGAAGAGUGAUACCGAUUUAUACGAAAUGCGAAAGUACAACACCCAUGUGGUAUCGAUGAGUAUAUCGCCAAACUGGAAUUUGGUUGCAAUGUAUUGCAACGACGGAAUGAUAAGGAUAUUCCGAUUUGAAACGAUGAAGUUGUACAGAGUGUACGACGAGACGGUGACAAUGUACUCAGUGGCACAGACUGACCCGAAUCAGUCUGUGUUACACUUUGACUCGAGCGACUUUCUGAGGAGGCAGUCGUGCGAAAACGAAAUAAGUAAAUUGACCGGCGAGGGAGAGUACACGAACCUGCUGUUUGACUCAUCGUCGAAUUAUUUAAUGUACCCUUGUAUGCUGGGAGUGAAGAUCGUAAACAUAAUCACGAAUAAGCUGGUGAGAGUGAUUGGGAAGUCAGAGCCGUCAUUGAGAUACAUGAAAAUAUCGCUACUGCAGCACGUUGUGGACAAGGUGAGACUUGAGUUAUUUAUUAAACGAUACAAGCCAUCGAUGGACGCUAAUCAGGAUGUAUUGCCGCCGAUUUUAAUAGCAACCGCAUUUCAAAAGUCAAAACUGUAUAUAUUCACGGAUAAGGACCCUGACGAUGAUGAAAUUGAGACUAGAGACGUGAUAAGUGACCAGCAUGGUGAAAAGGCGGAAACAAAGGUCGUCGACAAGGGCGGGAAACUAGCAAAGGAGGCAAUAAUACACACGAGUAAAGGGGAUAUACACGUCCAGCUGUUCUACAACGAGUGUAAGAAGACAGUGGAAAACUUUACAGUGCACUCACUAAACGGGUACUACAAUGGAACAAUAUUCCACAGAGUGAUUAAAAAUUUCAUGAUUCAAGGAGGAGACCCUACAGGAGACGGCACGGGAGGGGAGUCCAUUUGGGGCAACGAGUUUGAAGAUGAAAUACACCCGUCGCUGAAACACGAUAGACCAUUCACGCUCGCAAUGGCAAACUCUGGGCCAAACACAAACGGAUCGCAGUUUUACAUAACCACGGUCCCAUGUCCCUGGUUAGACGGAAAGCAUACGGUGUUUGGAAGAGUGACGAGUGGAAUGGACAUAGUACAGGACAUAGAAAAGAUUCCCACAAAUAAGGACGAUAAGCCCAUAAAGGACGUGGUCAUCGUCAGCAUAAAGCCAAUACUGUAG